CGGACUCAUACUGCCUUGAAUGGAGAAUGAUUUUUAUAAUGAGUAACCAACAAAAACUCUGAUCGAUCUAUUGCAAUCUAUAUCUGUUUGGAGAGAAGUACUCAAUAUUGUGGUAUCAGUGUAAACUUUACAGAUAAUCUUAUUUAGGACACUCCCAUGACAGGAGGUGACAGUGCCUUAUCUAUAGUUAUGGAACACACUGCCUACCUCAUCACACUACACUAUCAUGGCUGUCAAGUCUAAACCUGCCCAUGUGGCUCCAGCUGGAUUUUUCAUUAUGUUUCCUGUUUCCUUCAUUAUUACAUUCUUUUUGGCACUGAAGCACCAACACAUAAAGGCUAUCAUCCCUUACAUCAGCGAUACUGGAGACAAGCCCCCUGAGAGUUGUGUGUUUGCCAUGCUUGUCAGCUUGUGUUCUGCUGUUUUGAUACUGAGCAUAUACAUCCGACAUAUUCAGAUAAACUUUCACUUUGAACACAACAAGAGGCCCAACCGCAGCACUGCUCUGUGGAACAACGUUGCAACUUCAUUCGGAGUGGCCUCCACCUUCGGCUUACUGCUGGUGGCCAACUUCCAGGAGGACAACGACUAUCCCGUCCACUACACAGGGGCUGCUGUCUGUAUAUGGGGCGGAUCCAUAUACUUUAUGUUCCAGACCUUCAUCUCCCACCUGAUGAGAAGCUACCUGUGCACAAUGUCCCUCCAUUACACCAGAGUCAUGUUGUCUACGUUCACUGUGAUGUUCAACGUGAUCGGAGUUGUGUCUACUGUGACAGCAAUUAAACAUGCUCCUCAAGGUAUGCCUCAAAAGGAGACUGUGUCAGACUGGAGUCCUGAUGAUCCCUACUGGGUGGCCCAUGUACUCAGUGUCACCUCGGAGUGGAUCUUGGCCUUCAUACAGAGUGCCACAGUGCUCACCUUCGUCCCAGAGUUGCGGCGGAUGAAAGUGGUUUUUCCAAAGCUCAAAAUUGAAGAUAUAUCGCCAGAUGACUAAGUCAGAUCCAAACACAUUUUCUAACGAGCAGUGGGCCAUUAUGAGAUCUUGAAUCUACCAGACAACAACCAAUGCAAUUAUCUACUUGGUGAAUGUAAUUACAAUUAGAACCCCUCAUAUCCGACCAUGACGUGACCAGGCCAUUGUCAGAACGGCCAAAAGGUCGUAUAUCGGGAGGAGCAUAUCUCUGCAGUCUUGGUAACAUCGGUAAUCGUCUCUCUCGAUCCCGGCAUCACCUGGGAAGAUAUCU